AUGGCUUACUCUAAAAUACUCUUGAUAAUUUCAUUUGUGAUAUUGAUACUACACCAAGUUCUUUGUGACCAAAAUUGUUCAAGGCCAAUCUCAAGAAGAGUAAGUCACUCUAUAAGACAACUCUUAAAAAAUGAAAGAGGCAUUUCAAAGUAUUUAAGACCCGAAUGCGCAUUCAAUCAGGAGAAUCAUAUAUUUAAUCAUGAGGAAAGCAUUAAAAUAGUAUACCCUACGGGAGAAAGACAGUGUGGAUUUUGUGGUGAGAUCUUCCAAGAAGAAAAAACCUACGACCAACACAUGGAAAAAUUUCACUCCCAUCCCCAAAGUGGAGAGUUUUUUUGUGCAGAGAAACUCUGCACAAUUUUUGGGCAAUGUGGGGAGCCCGCCAGAUUGCAUGCAUGUAAAUCGGUCAUGAAACGAGGAGAUAUAUUGGAAUUCUGCCAGAAAACUGUGCGAAGCUGUUUUUCAGAAAACCAUAAGGAUUCCAAAUUUAUUGGGAUAAAUUUGAGUCAAAAAUUGUGUAAUAAAGAAAGAAUUUUGGAGGUUAAUGGGUGUGUUGAGAAAGUUCAACAAAACCGUUUUAGUCUUUCUAAGUUGUUUUUUCAACAUUUUUCAAAGGUUUUGUUAAUUUUCAUUAUGUUAACCACAUUUUUUCUUUCAUAUAAAAUGAAUGAAUACCUUAAUAAAGUUAAGUGA